CAAACCCAAACAUAAAAUUCCUAAUUCGAAACUUGCUAUAAGACCACACUCGUUUAAACCUUAAACCCUUUCUUAAGUCUCUGCGCCGCCUUCAUAUAUCUCUCUCUCAAUUCUCUUCGCUACCGCAUCCUUCGAGUCGUUUCGUUUCUUACAUAGAACUCAGACAUGGUUGAGGUGGAGAAGAAUUCCAGUGACGAGGUGAAGAAGAGGAUAAGAAAGCGAAACCGUGGGAAGAAGAACGACAAGCAGCAAAGGGCUGAGGAAGAAGAAACCCACAACGUAGUGGAGGAGAAAGCAGAUGAAGUCCAGAACAAGAGAAAAAAGAAGGUUAAGAAAGUGAAGUCGCAGGGAGGAGACAAACCUGAGGAAGAGGUGGUGGAAGCAAAGGAAGAAGAUGAAGAGAAGAAGAUGGUGGUUGUUGGGAAAGGGAUAAUGACUAAUGAGACUUUUGAAUCACUAGAGUUAUCAGAGCAGACUUCCGAAGCUAUCAAGACGAUGGGCUUUGAGCACAUGACCCAAAUUCAAGCUGGUUCUAUUCCUCCCCUUUUGGAGGGAAAAGAUGUUCUUGGUGCUGCCAGGACUGGUUCUGGUAAAACCCUUGCUUUCCUCAUACCGGCUGUAGAGUUGCUCUUUAAAGAGCGUUUCUCUCCUCGCAACGGGACUGGUGUCAUCGUUAUCUGCCCCACAAGAGAACUUGCUAUCCAGACAAAAAAGGUGGCGGAGGAGCUACUCAAGCAUCAUUCACUGACGGUCAGCAUGGUUAUUGGUGGCAAUAACAGAAGGACAGAAGCACAACGUAUUGCGAAUGGUUCAAAUUUGCUGAUAGCAACUCCUGGCCGUCUUCUUGAUCAUCUUCAACAUACAAAAGGUUUCAUUUAUAAACACCUCAAGUGCCUUGUUAUUGAUGAAGCUGAUAGGAUACUGGAAGAAAAUUUUGAGGAAGACGUGAAUAAGAUUCUAAAGAUUCUACCAAAGACUAGGCAAACCGCACUAUUCUCUGCCACCCAAACCUCCAAGGUUCAAGAUCUUGCCCGGGUAUCACUGACAUCUCCUGUUCUUGUUGAUGUCGAUGAUGGUAGACGCAAGGUGACAAAUGAAGGAUUGGAGCAAGGGUAUUGUGUUGUUCCGAUCGAGAAAAGACUUCUCCUUCUAAUCUCUUUUCUGAAAAAGAACCUAAACAAGAAAAUAAUGGUCUUCUUCUCGACUUGCAAGUCGGUGCAAUUCCAUGCCGAGAUCAUGAAACUAAUCAACGUGGAUAGCUGUGACAUCCAUGGAGGACUGGAUCAGAACCGAAGAACCAAAACCUUUUUCGACUUUAUGAAAGCAGAGAAAGGUAUCUUGUUGUGUACUGAUGUUGCUGCUCGUGGUCUCGAUAUUCCUUCCGUGGAUUGGAUUGUACAGUAUGAUCCUCCAGACAAGCCAACGGAAUAUAUUCAUAGGGUUGGUCGAACAGCCCGUGGAGAAGGAGCAAAAGGAAAGGCAUUGCUUUUCUUGAUCCCUAAAGAGCUUCAGUUUAUUCGUUACCUUAAGGCUGCAAAAGUACCUGUGAAAGAGCUUGUGUUCAAUGAGAAAAAGCUUUUGGAUGUUCGAUCUGCUCUGGAGAAAUAUGUUGCCGAAAACUAUAAUCUGAACAAGAUAGCCAAGGAAGCAUACAGGGCUUAUAUCGCAGCAUACAAGUCGCACUCUCUGAAAGACAUCUUUAAUGUUCACCCACUUGAUCUUCAGGCGGUUGCUCUAUCGUUCUGUUUCUCUUCACCGCCAAAAGUUCCUCUGAACAUAGAAAGUGGAGCUGGGAAGGUGAGGAAGGCGAGGAAUCAGCAAGGUCGCUUCUCUCCUUACUCUCCCUAUGGCAAAGCAAAGUCCACACCUAAAAAGGCAUGAAGCGUCUCAAAACUGCCUUUUUGUUUUACUAUUUAGAGGAUGAGUUUAGGAAGUAAAGUAUUUUAAUAUUUUUAUUGAUUAAUAAACUAUUUUGAGAGUUUUUA